AUGAACGGGUUCGAGGAGCAAAUAGCGAUCAAUUGCAAAGCAAGUUUAACACAAUGUUGCUUUCGGAGUGCGCAAUGGAUUCAUUGGAAUGGUCUUGGAAGCCGGGAUUUUGACAAGCCCCAGCAGGGGCGCGAUCAACAACACCUCGGAUCAAGUUGGAUCAAGUUUCAAGUGAGGUGCGAUGGUUGCUAUGCAGGCGGGGACGUUGCGCCCAGGCUGAAGGAUCUGGGGUUCAGGCGAGGCGGGUGGCCACCGACAUUCAUUGCGAAGAUCAAGCUGUCGAGGAAUUCCCAAGAUCUUCUCGUUUCUCUCGAGAAGCCGACCGACCACCCGGUUCGUCCUUGUCGCAAGUUGCUACUCCUACCGAGCCGACGCGAGACCUUCGACCAAGACGGACGGGGAGGAACCGAGACACGGAAGAGGCUGCUUAUCGCAUUCCAGUGCAAAAGCAGCAGGAGGAUUACAGUGACGUUUUGGCACGACGACCUACCAUCACGGGUUUCUAAGAGCGCUGCCGCCGCCGGCGCAAUCCAGCCCAACCGUCGCUCCGAAAUACUCGGAGGACCGGUACGGGUUCUACGAGCGGCAUCACAUAGCCGGGAAGUAGACGAAGAACACAGACAAGCCCAAGAUGGCGACGAGGUUCCAGUUGGGGUGGUAUCGAUGGGUACCAUUCCUCGGUUAUCACCAUGUGUUGAUGAUCUUGAUUGCGGUGGCGAUAAUAUUGUUAUGUAUAUCUCUCACUCACUCCCCUUUGCCGUCCCCUCACUAACCGUCAAUGUUCUAGCACUGCUUCUUGCUGGGUGCUCGUCCUCCUCACCCCUUAUCCCGGACAUCUUCCUCCUUUCGCUCUACUACCAGCGGUACACGGCAGUGCCCGACACAGCACAGGUCGACUAUAACGUUAACAACGCCAUCGCCAACAUUGUGGGCGGCGCUCAUCUCCAAGCGCGCGUGGGCUUUUUCGGUAUCUGCGUGAGCUCUGACGGUGGCUCGUGGCUUUGCAGCAACAAUGCGACAACACUGGCAAACGAGGUGAGGUUUGAUCAGGACCCCCUCAACCUCAUCUGGCUGGCUAGCCAGUUCAAAGACAUGAUUGUCUUUCCUUACCUACUCAUCAUCGCCAUCAUCUUCGCCUUCAUCUGCCUGCUCCUGCUCGCCACCUUCCCCGGAUGGCACGAGGAGGAGGACAGCGAGGGCUCGGAGCGUGAGGUAAAGCCGUUCCCAUCGCGGCCCGUCAGCCAAGUCGCGCUGGCCAUCAUCUUCAUCGCCUCCAUCUUCGUGCUGGUCUCGGUCCUCUGGCAGCACACCGCCUCGGUCGCCGCCAGCAUCAUCGCCCAGGACCUGGCCAACGGCAGCGUCCUCUCGGGCGUCGGCUCCUCCGCCAUGGUCAUGGGCUGGUUUAGUUUCACGCUGCUCAUUAUCGUGACCAUUGGCUUGCUGGUCAUGAUUUUGAGUAUGCAGGUGCUGGAGCAUAUUAUGGAUUGA